AGAUGUCACUACAGAAAGAGAUAGGGGUAGUGGUAGUUGGUCUUGGAAUGGCUGGAAGGGCUCGUGUUCAAGAUUUGAAAGAAAAAACAUGCGGAUUAAGAUUGAAGGGUGUGGUAUCAAGACGCCCUGUAGAAGAUGCUGAUGUCCCAGCCUUGACCUUUGAUGAGGCUUUAAAUUAACCAGAUGUUAAUGCAAUAUUUAUUAGUACUGAGCCACGUCUACAUGUAGACUAUGUUAAAAAAAGCUUGGAAAGUGGCAAACAUGUACUUGUGGAGUAUCCACUGGCUUUGUCUUCUGCUACAGCUAGAAAACUACAUGAGCUGGCAGAACAAAAAGGACUUGUCUUAUAUGAAGAAAACAUAGGGCUUCUGACUGAGGGAUUUAAUGUAGUGAAGAACAAGGUAAAGAGUGUUGGGAUAAAGUCAGGCCAAUACACUCUUAAAGGCUCCUACAAUGGAUGGAUUGAAGACUUUCAAGCCUCAGGCUUGCCCUUUGUGACAGGUAUUUCAGGUAUCCAAAAUAUGCUCUCUUUAUUUGGAGAUGUGAAAGUUGUGAAUGGGAAACUGGAGAAAUCUGAAGAUGGCUACACAACAGAAGCUGAUAUUGAAGCCAAUGGAAAACCAAUCAAGAUAACACUUUCAAGAAGCAAAUCAAAGGAGGAACACAUACGCAAACAGACAAUUUAUGAGUUUGAGGAUGGGGAAAUCAUUGACUCAGAUAAAAUACCCCAGACAUCAUCAAAGCCUGGUCUUUUCAUGAGAGAUAUGGAAGAAUUCUACGCUGCAAUCCUGAACGGGAAAGUGUCUGAUGAAAACAAGUUUUUGACUAUUCGGGGUUUAGAAGUAGUUGAGGAAAUUCAUUCCUUUUAUUCUAAGGGCUGAUUUCAAAUGGCUGAUAAAAAUUGUUAUUUGCAUGUUUACAAAUAUUGUUCACAUUCUAACUUGUUGCAUUUAAAACUGUUAAUAAUUUAGUGAAUAGAAAACUAAUAGUCGUAGUUUAUAGUGCAUGAUUACAUUAAAAGACUGACUUUGUAACGAAAAUAAUAUAUAGCAAGACUGAUAGUUACAAAAACAAGACAAAAAUGCGACUGGAUCAAAGUGCUUUAUUAAGGUUGAUAGUAUUGAUACUAAACAAGUACAAAAAAUGAUGAACCUUAGCAUAAUGAUUUAGACCCUAGUAAGCAGUAAAAUGAAAACUACAUAUGUGAAUAAGUCUAAGUAUAUCAGAACAUUUUCCAAUAACCUUUUGUUUUACAAGAAAUUAUAAAGCAGGAAAAAACUCAUUCUAAAGUUAUCUUUUAAUAAAUUUGCAAA